AUGGUCAUUGACCAAUUGAUCCUGUCCUUACAUAAAGGACGUUGGAGAGAGUCCACACUCUCAGUUGAACCCAACGUCUUUAGGACUCGCAAAUCAAAUACAAUCACCAUGUCUUACAAUCCAUCUUACCAAGGGCAACCACCAAACGACGGCAUCCAGCAAAACAACCCCAAUCGCAGUCACGGUAGUCCUCAAUUCACAGUCACCCGUGACGAGCUUCAGCAAAUCUUCUACGAUAUCGGUUUUCCCCCUGCCAGUAUCUCCAACGCCUGGCAUCCGCAAGUCAACCCGAAUUACAAUUCUUAUGGCAACCCCCAGAGCGAUCUUCAGCGUAGUGUUCCCAGCGCUUGGCAUCCGCAAGUCAACCCCAAUCCAUUGCUCCUUCGAAUAGAAGUACCAACCAAGUGCAACGGCAACAGCAACCCCCAACCCCAACCGCAGCCGCAGCCACGACCCCGCUACCACCAUCACCGAGACCGCCAGCGCAACCGUCAGCGCAACCAGCGAGGAGCGUCGCCAAGAGCCCCACAGGAAUAG